CCCGGUGGUGACCAAGUCCUCAACCCCAGGCGGGGGAAGCACCCCCCGCGCCCGCCCCGGUGCGACGCCGCUCCUCCGCCAACUACCGCGCCUACGCCACGGAGCCGCACGCCAAGAAAAAGUCCAAGAUCUCCGCCUCCAGAAAACUGCAGCUGAAGACCCUGAUGCUGCAGAUUGCCAAACAGGAGCUGGAGCGUGAGGCCGAGGAGCGGCGCGGGGAGAAAGGGCGCGCCCUGAGCACCCGCUGCCAGCCCUUGGAGCUGGCGGGGCUUGGUUUCACCGAGCUGCAGGACUUGUGCCGUCAGCUGCACGCACGUGUGGACAAGGUGGAUGAAGAGAGAUAUGACGUAGAGGCCAAGGUCACCAAGAACAUCACCGAGAUUGCAGAUCUGACCCAGAAGAUCUUUGACCUGAGGGGCAAGUUCAAGCGCCCCACCCUGCGGAGGGUGCGGAUUUCAGCGGACGCCAUGAUGCAGGCGCUGCUGGGCACCCGGGCCAAGGAGUCCCUGGACUUGCGGGCCCACCUGAAGCAGGUGAAGAAGGAAGACACAGAGAAGGAAAACCGGGAGGUGGGAGACUGGCGCAAGAACGUGGACCUGCUGAGUGGCAUGGAGGGUCGCAAGAAGAAGUUCGAGGGCUGAGCUCGCUCCCGCCCCGGCCCGACACCAGCCUGCUGAAUAAAGCUUCUGGCCUUGCA